CACCCGAGCGAGUCAGUCCAGCGCCUAACGUCAUCGGGAAUGGUCGAAUUGUUCGGGACGUCGUGUGAAUCGAAGACCUAAUUUUCAUCCAAAUUGUUUUUCUUUUUUUUUUGGUCGGGGAUUUUUGCCGCAGUAAUUAAACAUCCUGCGCGGUGUGUUGUGUUAUGAUAUAUGUCGUUUGGGAAAAAGUGCAACGUUUGAUCGGUGGAAAGGCCAGAAGAAGAUAAAACGCGAUAGACGGACGAGAUCCUGUCUGCUGUCUGCAGGCGGUUCAGCGGGUUCGGUGUUCCAGUGUCGAGAGUGUGUGAUUCGCCACUAUGGUUCCUCGCGACUUGCUCCGGAAUGUGUUCAAAAACCUGCUCAUACUGGCACUGACGAUUGUGAGUCGCGUCUGGUCCCGCCAGGAUCAUUACUACAGCUAUCAGGAACCCUACGACGAUGACCUGUCGCUUUGGAUCAACGAGCAGCAGGUGAAAAUUUUCAGCGGCGUCGCCAUGAAGAUCUAUGCGAUCGACAACGGGCGUGUUUCGCCGCACAUCCGCGAUCCGAUGUUCAGCCAGUAUCUGCCGAUCAUCCCGUCCGAGGUGAGCUGUGUCAACUUCACCUGGAAGUCCGGCACCAAGAAGUACCACUACAAUUUCGAUCGGUUAAUGUCCGAAGAUGAAUCCAUCCUCAAACCGCCCACAAUUUCGAUCAAAACCAGCGGUAGAAUUCCUAAAAAUGCAAAGGAGUUCAGUGUGUCACUGCCCUGCUCCGGCAAUGUGUCGGGCAUCGCAGUGUUCAGCAUUGGGCUCCUGAUACAGAGCCGCAAAGGCAAACCGGUGCCCGGUACGCCACUCCGAAUCAAGCUCCGUAAGGAAUGUGCACAUAGAGGUGUGUAUGAUAGAACUUCUUCUCUAGCAUCUCCGCAAGGCCCCGACCCGGAGUGUGACAAAAAGUGCGCCAACAAGGGCGUUUGCAACGAGGACAAGAUUUGCGUCUGUCCCGAGGGUUAUAUGGGUCAGUACUGCCAGACGGCACUGUGCUAUCCGCAGUGCAUGAACGGAGGCAACUGCACGGCCCCCGGGAACUGCUCCUGCCCGACCGGGUACCAGGGUCGUCAUUGCGAGGGUGGGAUCUGCGCGGAGAAAUGUCUCAACGGAGGAAAAUGCGUCCAGAAGGAUAAAUGUGAAUGCACCAAGGGUUAUUACGGUCUACGCUGCGAAUUUUCAAAAUGUGUUAUUCCUUGCCUGCACGAUGGGAAAUGCAAAGGUGUGAACAAGUGCCGCUGCAAGCCGGGACUGAGCGGGGACCACUGCCAGAUAGGACGACGUCAGCGAUCUACCUGCAAGAAACCCUGCAAGCAUGGGACCUGCAUGGCCGAUCACACCUGCAACUGUUACAAUGGAUGGUUUGGCAAGUUCUGUAACCGGCGGGAGAAGAAAAAACGCAACGGUUCGAAGCUACCAAAGAGAUAACGCGCCCUUGAUGGAUCGAAUGACUGAAGUUGCGCUUGUUUUUAAUUUCGAGGGGAGACCACGCGCUGAUAGCAGCUCGUGAAGUUUGCUUGCGCAAGAUGCUCUGCCGCUUUUGUAGUUUUGAUUCAUAAUCGAUCUGUUUCUUUCUCGCCUCCCUCGCGGGAGAAUAAAGCUACAUAUGUGUAUUUUGUUGUGAUAAAUAAACGAAAAUUUAUAGUCUCUCAGUAUUAACCAAAAUGAUUAUA